CCAAAUUAAUUAACUCCAACUUGCAUCGCCCUCCUCUUCUUCAAUCACCGCCAUUGACUUCAUUACCAGUCGUCGUCUCCUUCAAUUCCUUCCACAACGCGCCUUUAAACUUCAAGAAACUCCGUCGGACUGGCUCGCACGAACUCCGAGAUCCAAUCCAUGGAGAAUCACGGCGGCGACCUUCGAAGAGUGGUGGUGAUCGGCGGAGGCAUCGCCGGCUCUCUCGUUGCCAAAUCGCUCCAGUUCUUCGCUAAUGUCACUCUCAUUGAUCCAAAGGAGUAUUUGGAGAUUCCUUACGGACGAUUGAGAUCAAUGGUGGAGCCUUCAUUUGCAGAGAGAUCGGUGAUAAAUCACUCAGAGUAUUUCACCAAUGGCCGCUUAAUUACAUCGCCUGCUGUGGAUAUAAACGAAUCGGAAGUCUUGGUUGCUGACGGACGACAUGUCGUCUUCGACUAUCUUGUCGUCGCCACUGGCCGCGAUUUUCCCCUUCCCAAAACCAGGGCUCACAGACUUGAUCAGUACAGAGCAGAAAAUGAAAAGAUCAGAGGAGCGAAUUCGAUAUUGAUAAUCGGCGGCGGACCGGUGGGCGUGGAACUGGCCGGAGAGAUCGCCACAGACUUUUCCGACAAGAGGAUCACGGUGGUCCACGGCGGAGAAAGAUUGGUGGAAUUCAUGGGCCCCAAGGCGUCGGACAAGGCUCUAAAAUGGCUGACCUCAAAAAAAGUCGACGUCAAAUUGGAUCGAACCGUGGUUGUAGACGACAUGUCGGACGAAACCAAAAGCUUCAGAACUUCCACCGGCGAGAUCAUCAGCGCCGACGCCCAUUUUGUGUGCACCGGAAUACCGCUCGCCUCGUCUUGGCUCCGGAAGACCAUUUUAGACUCCAAUUUGGAUUCCCAUGGGAGAUUGAUGGUGGACGGAUAUCUCAGAGUCAAGGGCCGGAAGAAGAUUUUCGCCAUCGGAGACAUCACUGAUAUUCGAGAAAUGAAGCAAGGGGAAUCGGCGAAGAGGCAGGCCAAGGUGGCUACGAAGAACAUGAAGAUGUUAAUGGUUGGAAAAGACGAGAGUAAAAUGGAGAGUUACAGAAGCGGCGCCGGCGCCGGAGCAACGGCCUCCGUUUCGCUGGGGAGGAAACAGGCAGUGGCUCAGCUGCCGUUCACAACCAUCAAAGGGAUUUUGCCUGCUUUCCUCAAAUCCAGAGAUCUGUUUGUUGGUAACACUAGGAAGCAUUUAGGGCUACACCCCACUUUACUCCAUAACUAAUUCUUCAACUUUGUCUACGUUUUUCCCAUUUGUCGCAUGCAUGUUUCAAUUUGGAGUUUCAUCCACAGUGUUCUUACAAAUUAAAUUAGUUACCUACGUCCCGCCACUGUAUGUAUUUGGAUUUUGUUGAGUUUGGAAAGUGUACGUGAAGUUAAAUUUGAAGAUUAUUAAUAUAUUUUGAUAUUGGUAGGAAA